AUGUCUAUUGCACUGACGCGCUGUGUCUAUGAGUCCAAGAUGGCAUCUCUGGUGCACUGGGUCCGCAAGUACAAAGCGGGUAUCGGGUUGUCCAAUCCUGGUCUAUCGUUUAUUUUGUCCUCUCAGAGGUUUGCAUCCAAAAAGGCUGGGGGUAGCAGCAAGAAUCACGGAGGAAAUAGCCCCGGCAAGCGAUACGGCCUAAAGAAGAAAAAUGGUAAUCUUGUCCAUGCUGGCAACAUCCUGGCAACACAGAGGCUGCUGAGGUAUCACCCAGGCGCGAAUGUCGGGAUGGGAACCAAUAACACAGUUUACGCUCUUGAGGAUGGUUACGUCAGGUUGACCAAAGAGGUGUACAUUCCCCCUCCUCGCAGUAUGGAGGCUAGCCAGAUCAUCACCAAGCUUGCCAAAGGCGCUUUACUUUACAAAACUUUCAUCAACAUUGUUCCAGUCAAGCAAGAGCCCAUCUUCAAGCUGGUUAGCAUGAUAGCUAAACCUGACAUGAAUGUAAUAUUUGGAAUAAAGACUCUCUAA